AUGUCGUUGAAGGCAUUACUAAGUAUUUGUGCAAUAAUCCCAACGUCGCUCGCUCAUUUGCUUUUUCUUUGCUCAUCCUCUUAUUACCUGCGAUUGGAAGUCAAAAUUUCAAGUCAGGAUGGCUAUUAUAUCACCUACUCUCACGGUAUCCGUUGCCUGUGGUGUCCUCGCUCUGUACGUAAUCAGUCGACUGUUGCGAGGUAAAGGUGAUCGCCGAUCACUACCUCCGGGUCCCAAGGGUCUCCCAGUCCUUGGGAAUAUCAAUGACCUGCCUAAGCCCGGUGAGCCUGAAUGGCUACACUGGCUAAAGCACAAGGAACUCUAUGGCCCAAUCAGCUCAAUCACAGUCCUAGGACAGACCAUGAUCAUCAUCAACGACCCCGAAAUUGCCUUUGAGCUCAUGAGAGACCGGGCGGCCAUACACUCUUCGCGACCUUAUCAGAACUUUAGCUGCGAUAUUGUCGGAUGGAAAAAUGCAACAGCUAUGAGCCCUUAUAACGACGUCUGGAAGAUCCACCGGAGGAAUAUUGCCAAGGUUGCCAGUACUAAUACGUCCAUCAAGAUGUUCAAUCGGGCCCAGGAGGUUGAGUCUGCGCAUUUUCUACUCAACCUUUUGGAUUCCCCGAAUGAUCUGUUCGAUCACAUGCGAAGAGAAGCCGGCAGCGUUAUUUUGAAGAUUACAUAUGGCUACACAGCUGAAUCCCAUGGCCGAGACCCCUUCGUCGACUUGGCCGGCGAGACCAUGAAGGGAUUUGCUGACGCCGUAGUUCCUGGCAAGUGGAUGGUGGACGUCAUGCCUUUCUUAAGAUAUCUCCCAGAUGGAUUUCCCGGUACAGCAUUCAAGGCCACCGGUCGUCAAAUGGCCGAUACGUUAAAGCAAUGUGUCGACCAGCCGUACGAAUUCGUCAAGCAACAAAUGCGCGAGAAGAGACAUAAGACAUCUUUCCUGUCUCAGGCCAUUGAGGAUAUCGGCUCCGACGCAGGGAUGGAGUUCGUACACAAGUGGUCGGCGCUCUCCCUAUUUACUGGCGCAGCCGAUACAACUGUUUCCGCGCUAAUGACAUUCUUCCUCGCCAUUGCUGUGUUCCCUGAAGUUCAGAAGAAAGCUGCAGAGGAACUCGACCGUGUCAUCGGAAGUCGCCGACUUCCUAUCAGCACAGACCGUGAAAAUUUGCCAUAUAUCAUGGCAAUUGUGAAGGAGACACAUCGUUGGCAUCCCAUUGGGCCUAUGGGCUUACCCCACGCCAGCAGCGCAGAGGACACCUGCCGAGAUUACAGGAUUCCCAAGGGCGCCAUAAUAUUUGCCAACGCUUGGUGGUUCACCCAUGAUCCUGCUGUCUACCCCGACCCUAUGACCUUCCGCCCCGAACGCUUCCUCGAAACCCCAACCCACAAACCAGAACCUGACCCACGUAACAUCACCUUUGGCUUCGGCCGCCGCGUCUGCCCUGGCCGCUACGUCGCUGACAAUGCACUCUUCAUCACCAUCGCGCAAACUCUUGCAGUAUUCAGCAUCGGGAAGCUCGUUGAGAAUGGUAAAGUGGUGGAGCCAGAGGUCAAGUUUGAGCCCGGCAUGGUCAGCCACCCUGCGCCAUAUCGAAUAUCGAUCAAGCCGAGAUCGAAGGUGCAUGAGGAGUUGAUUAAAGCGGCUGAGCAGGAGUACCCGUGGGAAGAGAGUGAUGCAAAGGAGUUGGUGAAUGUGAAGUGGUAGAUGUUGAGUGUGUAGCCGCGUACUCUGGCGCGUAAUUGAUGUGACAUGAGAUAGGAAUAUCAACCCGCAAAAUAAAGUUAGUCGUGUUUAUUUGGACCUAGCUGUGAAGCAAUAUUGCGACGUUUAUCAUACUCAUCAGCUGGUGCGUUUUUCAG